CGAGCACGUCCUCGCCGUCGACCACGCGCUGCCGUACCCAAAGGACCUCGAAAUCGGCGGAAAGAGGGCCUCCGCUCCCCGGAGCGGGGACCGGCACCGCCUCGUCUCUCUCGACGUCUUCCGGGGACUCACCGUCGCGGAUAUUUGUGUCUCCGAUCAUGCCACGGAUUGCAGCGAUUGCAUUCUUUCUUUCUCAAUACUUCUGAAACCAUCCAUGGCGUCGAUAUCCAUCUUGGCAUCGAAGAUACCCAUUCGAUCCCUUAGAUGUGUUCUCCUGCUGCCUCUCGCGUGCCGCUCAGUGCUUCUGGUCGGCGCAGAGUCUGUGGCGAACGCACCAAACAGCGAUUGCAUUCAUUCUUUCUCAACACUUCUGAAAACAUCCAUGGCUUCGAUAUCCAUCUUGGCAUCGAAGAUACCCAUUCGAUCCCUUAGCUGUGUUCUCCUUCUGCCUCUCGCUUGCCGCUCAGUGCUUCUGGUCGGCGCAGAGUCUGGCGAACACGCCAAGCAACGAGUCCCUCUCUCUCUCUCUCUCUCUCUCUCUCUCUCCUCUCUCCCCCUGUGCCGAAGCUUCAUGUAGCAAACAGGAGGGGGAGAAGAGAGCGGAUGUCAGAGGCGUUCCUGCAUCGAAUUGUGCGACUAUUUUGUUUGCAUUUCACUGUAGGCGAUCCGCCGACACACAGCUAGCUCAUCUUGUGGAUCUUGUCCAACUAUCCUUGUAGCUGCGACCAUCCAAUCCCUACACAUCAGACAUUGCUCACACUAGUCUUAGAAUAUGUCCGGCACAGUCGGACGCGCUGCGGCCCCGCCAUGGCUGAAGGGGAUCCCGCAAGGCCGUCCUCCCGCAGCAGAGCACGUGAAAAGGCGGACCCACCGGUUGAACAAUGGUCGGCUUAGGUCAAAGUUGCAGCCUUUACGAUUACCCACUCUAUUCUCGUAGUAGCCCCUCGAGUUUAGUGCUGCGAGCACUGCGUUUAAUCUGUAUGUGUUACAGUAGUGUUGCUAAUUGUUGCCUGCACUGCUUCUACCUUUUAGCAUUUGAAGGCCUUUGUGCGUAUGGGACAUUAGGUUGAGGUUGGUGCUCUCCUACCCAACGCUUUUUCUUAGGGCACAUGGUUCUGCCGUAGAGUUUGGGUAGGGUAGGUGUCCGUGGACCUCUGCUCCACUGGGGCAAGUGCCUUUGUCUCUGCAGAGCUGACAAAGGUUGUGGACCUGAUCUUAAUCCAUUUCUCUUUCUAAGUGGAAGCAUUUUGUCAACAGCAUCCAGUGGAAAUGCCUCGACUGGUUGGGGGUAGCACCAUUGAGCCUUGAAUGAAGCGACCCAACGUACUCCUUCACCCUUUUAUCUGGAGUUGGGACCGGACGGUGUUACCACCAGAAGCAGGAUUUUUCUUGGAGGCUGACGUACCUUCCAUCUCUGUGCUUCGUGUCGCAUAAUCCAAAAGCCCACGGAAUUGCCUCCGGUGAAGGCAAUUGGGAAUGCUCAUGAUCUUCGUAGACGACGCCGGAACAUAUCUUCCUGCUAUCAACCAUUCUCCUUGGGAUGGUGUCAACCUUGCUGAUUUUGUUAUGCCAUUUUUCUUGUUUAUAGUUGGAGUUGCGCUUGCACUUACGUAUAAGAGAGUCUCAAACAAAGCAAUGGCAACCAAGAAAGCAGUCCUUCGAGCAGCGAAGCUCUUCGUUGUAGGCCUUGUUAUUCAAGGUGGUUAUUUCCAUGGCCUUCACAAUUUAACUUAUGGAGUUGAUAUUUUGAGUAUAAGAUGGACCGGCAUACUACAGAGAAUUGCAAUUGCCUACUUGUUGGCUGCAAUAUGUGAAAUCUGGCUUAAAAGUGAUGAUGAUGUUGAUUCUGGUCACUCCUUGGCCAGGCGAUACCGAUCUCAAUUGUUGGUGGCUUUGAUCCUUACAACCAUUUACAUGAUUCUUCUAUAUGGUCUAUAUGUUCCUGACUGGGAAUACCAGAUACCAGUGGCAGGAUCCGGGCCCAAGUCCUUUUCAGUCGAAUGUGGAGUGAGGGGUGACACAGGACCUGCCUGCAAUGCUGUGGGAAUGAUCGAUCGCCGAAUCUUUGGCGUCCGACAUCUUCAUAGACGUCCUGUCUAUGAGAGGACAAAGCAAUGCAGCAUAGAUUCACCAGCUAGUGGCCCACUUCCACCUGAUGCUCCCUCAUGGUGUCAAGCUCCUUUUGAUCCUGAAGGACUACUUAGUUCUGUAAUGGCAAUUGUGACUUGCUUGAUCGGGUUGCAGUUCGGGCACGUUAUAGUGCACUUUAAGGAUCACAAGGAUCGAAUCGUGCAGUGGAUGAUACCUUCCUUCUGUCUUUUAGCAUUGGCCUUUUCAUUAGACUGCUUUGGAGUGCAUAUGAACAAGGCUUUGUACACCUUAAGUUAUACUUGCGCCACUGCUGGGACUGCUGGGAUGCUCUUCACUGGAGUAUAUGUGCUGGUUGAUGUCUAUGGCUAUAGGAGGCCAACACUGGCAAUGGAAUGGUUGGGUAUGCAUGCUCUUAUGAUCUACGUUCUAAUAGGCUGCAACGUAUUUCCAGUAUUCAUCCAAGGAUUCUACUGGAGGGAGCCUCAGAACAAUCUUCUGAGGGUCAUUGGAAUUGGUUCUUGAACCAGAACCUGAGCAAUAAUAUAGCAGGAGAUCAGAUGGCUGCCAGAGUCUGAGGUGGAGGGAAUCAUGGUAUGUCGCAUGUAGUCCUCUUCACCAAAAUAAAGCUCUUCAGUUUAUUGCCAUUUACCAGUUCCUAAUGCUUGGAGAGAGGAUCUCUGCUGUGCUGGUGAGACCAAAAUAUUCUUUCUUGAGCCUGUGAAAUGGUGCUUCAAAGGUUAAAUUGCAGAUCACAAGUUACACCAUUUUUGGCUCCUAUUAGUUUCUACCUAAAGCAGGCUCCUGCAAUGGGCUUCUAUUUUCAGUUGCCUGUAAAGUACUCUAUAUAAUGCUUGUAAAUCAAACUACUUAUGAAACUUCCACUGCUUCCAUUUCACCACUCCCUCCUACCCCAUUCCCUAAUGAUAGCAAGAACAAAGCAAUUCCAACAAUUGCAGAGGUUUUCAGAAGUUUCAUGUGCAUGUUUGGAGUUAAUGUCA